AUGGGCGACGCUGGUGGUUUCUUUCGGGGUACAAGUACGGAACAGGAUGCGCGAUUCUCGGACAAGUACAAGAAGUACGUCGCCGGCCGCAAAUUUCCGCCCGAGUUCGAUCUCAAGGUUGACUUGAGGAAGGUGGCCAUGGACGCCAUCAAGCCGUGGGUGGCGUCGCGCAUCACCCAGCUCCUGGGCUUCGAAGACGAAGUGCUCAUCGGCUUCGCCUUCGGCCUCCUCGACGACAAGGAGUCGUUGAACCCGAAGGAGUUGCAGCUGAACCUGGACGGCUUUUUGGAAGCCGACUCACCUCAGUUCGUGGCAGACCUGUGGAAGCUCCUCCUGAGUGCUCAGGCAAGCCCGGGAGGCAUUCCCGCCGAGUUCCUCGAGCAAAAGAAGGCUCAGCUUCGCCAGAAGAGGGAAGAAGAAUCGCGCGUGAAGAGCGAUUUGUCGGCCGUCAUCAGCCGCGACAAGGAGCGCCUGAUGCAGGAAAUCGAACAGCGCAGGGCUCAGCCCCCGCCGGUCCCUGCCCCCGCGGUGGCUGCUGGAGGCUAUUCCACAAAAACGGCGCUGCCCUACGGCCUUUUUGUGCCGGAUGCGAAGCAACCCAUCCUGCCGCAGACCGAUCUCGCCAACGCGGCGAGCAACCCACCUUCGGAGGCGGCGGCAGUGAACCACGGCAGGAGUGAGGAGGGCAGCCGUAGGCGAGAUCGCGACGCAGACAGCGACAGGGACCGCCACCGGACUGAUCGCCGUUCUCGCGAGCGUGGCCAUCGAGACCGAAGCGCUGACCGCGAUCGCGAUAGGAGAAGGGACAGGCGGAGCGGGAGGGAGAGAAGGAGCAGGAGCAGGAGCAGGGGCAGGGGCAGGAGAAGGGACGACAGCCGGGAGAGGGAGCGGGCGAGGGACGGCGCCACGGACAGCGGCGGACGUGAGCGAGGAGACCGAAGGCAGUCCCGGGACCACCACCACCAGCACCAGCACCACCAGCAGCAGCGGGACGAGCGUGCGAGGAGAAGCGGGAGCGAGGAGCGCGCCAAGAGAAAGAGGAACGAGGGCAGCGGCGCCGGGGAUCGCCCCGACGACCGCCGCCGCCGGGAUAACAACAGCACUACUACCACCACCACCACUACCACCACCACCACCCGUGGUAACGACGCGGCCUCCUCCCCCACGCCCGCCAAGCGCGCACGCCCUGACGGCGACGGCGCGGCCUCUCCAGUUGACCGCCGUCAGCAGGAGCAGCACGAAGAGGCCAGCGACCCGCACCUCCUCGAAUCGGCACCGUGGCCCCUGCCCCCCCCCACCCCUGCGCGGCGAGCGCUGAGGGAGCAGGCCAUGCACAGCCUGCUGCACCGCAGCCGCGAGCGGUCGGACGAGUAA